AUGCCUGGAAUCAGCGAAAUCAUCCCACGGCCCGACUCGAGAGAGCUUCUCCCACCGUUACUCGCCUGUCUAGCAACAGCAAAGGCAUCCAAAGACGUGCCUCCAGGUCUUCUUCCUCUUCUCUCGCCCAUACUUCGCCAGCGUGUCCAGCUUCUAUCCUCUAGCGAGUGGCUUCCGCUGCUGUCUUGGGACCAGGAAGUGGCGUCUCGGCUCCCAGAAGCCAUUGAGAAGAUCGACGUCGAGCCGCAUCCCUCUUCGGGCGAAAUCGAGGUUGAGGAGCCAGACGAGAUCUUGUAUCGAAGAUCAGACGCCGAGACACUACAUGCAAGAUUGGUGUUGGGCGAAUAUGGAAUUAUACCUACCUACCUUUGGUGCACAGGCGGUGAAGGGGGAAGUCGCUGGCUGCUGGCGGAGCUGAGAGGGCUAGCAGACGCCGAGGACGGCACAGAGUGGUUCAAGAACGUCGCCGAUGCAAAUGAAGCUGGCUUCAGGCGAAAGUCUGGCACCGUGAAGAGCAACGGCGUCAAAAUCCAGCAAGUGGCCCUUCAGCCAGAAGUGGCCGUAGAGGAAGACGAGGAUGAUGGCUCAUACUGGGCCGCAUAUGACCAAACUCCUGGGAGAACACCACAACCUAGGCGUUCUCCUGCUCCGAUAAGCAAUAGCCAAACGCAAGUUGGGCCCACGCAAUCAGAACUCGAGUAUUUUGCGCGUUACGCUUCCGAGGUCCAGCCAGCACUUGACGCACAUGACCCUGAUGAAGAAAGCCCAGCUGCAGGAGAGUCUACAUUGAAUGGUAACGCUCUCAACUACACCCAAAGUGAAGCUCUCGACAUAUCCAACCUCGGACCCAAUGGCUACGACUCGUCCGUUGCAUCAGCCCACACAAACGGGCUGAUGAAUGGUAAUGGUAUCCAAAGUUACGACAGCGCCUUACAUCAAAUGUCGGUCGACCAAGACCGAGACACGGCGGCCAAUGCACUAAACCACCCCCGACCGUCUUCUUCAGCGUCUUCCAACUCGAUUGAGAAGCUUGAACAAAAAGCAGAAAGCUCUAGUCAAGCGGAGCUUGCCAUCAAGCAGCACAUCAGUACAGACAUCAAGAGUCUGUUCCGGCUGGCGAGAGCUUCGGGUAUUGAUAGGGAGGAAUUUGAGAGAAUUAUACAACGAGAACUCGAAGUGCUGCCCAUGUUGGAGCAAGAGUAG